UCUUUGGUGAUGACGGCUGUUCAUUUGUAUGUAUAUGUGUAAGUAUCGUCUGAGCGCAAAAUUGAAAAAAUAUUCUCAAUCUCAUCACUCCAUUUCUGCUUCCUAACAAGCUUAAUAAACGUAUAUGAUUAAGCACUUUGCUUAGGGUUUUUGGUUUUGGUUUCGGUUUUUUGAAUUUCUGUUCAGCUGCGGCUGUGAGAGACGAUUUCAUGCUCACACCGCCGCUGUGACCGGCGGUGGGGGCCCUCACUUACUUUCAAUGUAUCGCGUUGAAUCGUUUGAUUACGCCGCCGUCCACUCACGUCCGAAGCGUAAGUUGGACGAUUAUGCCCCUAACUUGGACGGUGAGGAUGACGACGGCGCGGAAACUUAUUCUGACCUCCUGUCCGUGAGAAUGCGAAAAGAAGAAUCUAACGCCGUCCAUCAGUCGUCUGACUUGACUUGUGGAGUCGUGUCGGAUGCGGCCGACACGAGUUCGACUGAGUCGAGAACGGCUACUCGGCCGAGACUACAGUUUUUUAUUCGGAUGAUAUCGGAAGGGAAUACCAUAGUUAUUCAAGCUAACUCAAACGACACCGUUAAGUCAAUUCACGAGAGGAUUCAAGUGAUGACGGGGAUCCCGGUCAUAGAGCAACGGUUAAUUUACCGGGGAAAGCAGUUGCAGUGGGAACAGUCGUUAGCGGAGUGUUCCAUACAAAACGACGCCGGAUUACAGCUGGUAGGGCGUAUGCGAAGCACAGAACAUCCUCAAGCUUGGCAAGUGAUCGAUGAUAUGGUGGGUGUAAUUUGCCGGCUUUGUAAGGGUGAAACGGUACAGUCCUCAUUAAAACUCAUAAAAUCUCGAAUGACUGAGUUUUUUGCAAUGACACCAAAAGAUGAUACUGACUCAUCAAUUGGUUAUCUUGAAAUAUUUAUGUAUUCCUCAGCUCCGGCUGCGUUGGUAAUGCUUUAUAUGUCACCAAUGAAUGGUAACAAAGAGUGUGCCGAUAGUUCAAUUAGGCAUUUUUUGAAUUCUUGUAGAAAUGCAUUGCCCAAGAAUUUACAUAUACACUGUGCGCCCAUAGUUCUAGAGUUUUGUAAAUUGCUUAGGAAGUUUACUCCCGAGGAUACAUUGUAUUUAGCAUGCCGGAGUACAUUGGGGUCAUUGUUGGAGAAUUUCGGAGGGUCAUUAUGGGAAAAGAUUUGUGUCUUGCGGGCAACAAAGUAUGGGGAUGAUGUCAAGAGGUUGGUUGUGAUUCAUGAUAUUUUUCCCUUUGUUAGUGAAUUGGCUAGUAGGUUGUCUAGGGAUUUGACAUCAAGCAUGGAGAUGGUGUUGAGUGUGGGGCCAUCGGUGAGUGAUGUUCGUGAUUUCACUGCAUUUUUGGUCCCUUUGCGUAAGGCAAUCUUGGGACAGGUGGGAAUUACAUGUCCUAUUGCAGUGCCAUUGCCAAAGAGGGGAUAUAACCAUCCAUCUCACGGGGAUGAGAUUGAAUAUCUUCAUGGUAUAUUUAUGGAUCUGCUGUUAAAAAUGGAUAAAUGCCUUGGUAAAGUGGAGGAACUGUUAAAUGUGAGUGGUAGCGGGGAUGGCGAAAUCAACUACUCAGGAUGGUCUCAGUAUCUUUUCAUAUUGAAGGAAUUAUAUGCCAUAUCUAAACUUUAUCUGGGCUCUGAAGAGCAAUUUUGGAAGGUUUUGAGAUGCAGAAAGUCACCUUUGUGUGCCCUGAUUCUUAGAUAUGCAAAGCGGAGUGAUGAUCAUCGGUGGAUUCUUGAGCAGAAGGAUGUGACAAAUUUUGAAUCUAGGAGGCAUCUGGUCAUGAUGAUGUUCCCUGAGGUAAAAGAAGACUAUGAUGAACUGCAUGAGAUGCUCAUUGAUAGGUCUCAGUUGUUAGCUGAAUCAUUUGAGUACAUAGCACGUGCAGAACCUGAUGCACUACAUGGUGGUUUAUUCAUGGAAUUCAAAAAUGAGGAAGCUACUGGUCCUGGUGUCUUGCGAGAAUGGUUUUUCUUGGUAUGCCAAGCCUUAUUUAAUCAACAAAAUGCUCUUUUUGUGGCCUGCCCUAAUGAUUGCAGAAGGUUCUACCCUAAUCCUGCAUCUAAGGUGGACCCCAUGCACCUUGACUAUUUUAGCUUCUCUGGUCGGAUAUUUGCAUUAGCAUUGAUGCAUAAGGUGCAGGUGGGUGUUGUCUUUGAUCGUGUGUUUUUUCUGCAAUUGGCUGGGAAAUAUAUUUCUCUGGAAGAUAUACAGGAUGCUGAUCCAGGCCUGUAUAAUAGCUGCAAGCAAAUCUUGGAGAUGGAUGCUGAGUUUAUUGAUUCAGAUGCCCUGGGACUGACAUUUGUUAGAGAGGUGGAGGAGUUAGGAUCCAGGAAAAUAGUGGAGCUUUGCCCUGGUGGAAAAAGUAUGGUUGUAAAUAGCAAAAACAGGAAGGAAUAUGUUGAUCUUCUUAUUCGGGAUCAAUUUGUCACAUCUAUCUCUGAGCAGGCAACUCAUUUUGCUAAAGGUUUUGCUGAGAUUCUUUGCAACCCAAGGCUCCAGAAGUUUUUUUUUCAAAGUUUAGAGCUUGAAGAUCUUGAUUGGAUGCUAUUUGGAAGUGAAAGUGCUAUAUGUGUUGAUGAUUGGAAAGCUCAUACCGAAUACAAUGGCUACAAAGAAACUGAUCCUCAGAUUGUCUGGUUCUGGAAGAUUGUUGGAGGAAUGUCGGCAGACCAAAGAAAAGUUCUGCUCUUCUUUUGGACUUCAGUAAAGUAUCUUCCAAUUGAGGGUUUCCGUGGUUUGGCUUCUCGACUUCAUAUUUACAAGUCAGGAGAGCCCUGUGAUCGCCUUCCAUCAUCUCACACCUGCUUUUAUCGAUUGUGUUUCCCACCAUACCCCUCCAUGGUUAUAAUGCAAGAUCGGCUUCGCAUCAUCACACAAGACCAUGUGGGCUGCAGCUUCGGCACUUGGUGAGACACUUUAUCUGCACUGGGGUAAAAACUUUUUCUCUCACUGCACAUAGAACUGUAUUGAGGUUGUACAGAUUUAUAGGAUAUCGUCGUCUGUUAUACCAUUAAACCGUAUAAGAAGGACCUUCUGUUAAAUUGUGAUUCUGUUGUGAAGCUCUUGAUGUCAUUGCAUUUUUCUUUGUCAUCAACUGUUCAUAAGUUUAGGUAUAGCAUAGUAUGAUAUAAAUAAAGCAUCGGGAAACUCCAUGAACUCGCUUUACUAGUAAUAGCUGUUGGUUUCUCGAGCCAUCGCCUUUGUAAGUACACAGUAUGCAAUGACAUCAAAACCCAAAGAAAAAACUGUUGUUCCA